AUGCCCGAAACUACUGGCUGUGUGAUUUGCGGCUACGAAAUCGAGGACGAUGGGAAAUGGCUAGGAGAGUUUCGUACUCUUUACUCCAGCGCCGAAGGUGCCUUCAUCACCGGGGUUGGCCUCUAUCCUAAGCAUAGAUGGAAUGCACCCUUGGAUUAUGAUAAGCGUUGGGAUGAUCCAGACUAUUCGCGCUCUGAUGCGACCUCGGUUAAAAGACGCUCCAAUAAGUUCCUCGAUGACGAAGUUCCGCCGGAGCGACUUUUCAGCAUCUGUCGAUCCUUACCGUUUCCCAUGCGCGCAGAGAGUGCUUGUUGGGGACACGACUACGGGGGACUAACGUUUCUUGAUACCAAGACCCGCUACCCAUGGGAAGACAUAACUUUAAGCGGGUACGAUGUCUCCAAAAAAUAUGCUAAGAAGGACCCAUACAAUGUGGCAGAGAUAUCUGGUUUGCUUUUGCUCUCCUCUGAGCCCUCCCGAACGUCGUCAACCACGGAAACUAUGCCAAUGGCAGAACGAACGGACUGUUUUUCGAAAUUUCCAUGGGAAAUUACUGAGGUUAUAUGCAUCAACUUACGAGUGCAGGAUAUAUUGAGCCUAGUCCAAGCUUCAAGUGCAUUCCGUCCUAUCCUAACCAGCCAGAUAUUUUGGGCAUCCAGAUUUAAGCCAGGUAACGAAUGGGAUUUUAUUUUUGAGGGACGAAACUGGCAGGAGCCCAGAGACUGGAUUAAGCUGUAUCAGCUUACAAGCCGCUCUUUAUUGCCAGACGGGCUAAAGAAUCGGAAGAGAAUAUGGGAUUUGAUUCGCCUAUUCGCCGAGUCGCUGAGUGUGCGCCUUGAUCCCUCUCAGGAAUUUUCCGUCUUGGAAUUAGGUACUCGUGAUGAAUGGCGUGAAGCAACUGCAGAUAUUCUACCAGAUAUUACUUCGCAUCGUCGUACAGCCUUUAUGAAAGGCUGCGAUCUGUUCCACAAACAGCGCGCCAUGAUACCAUCCGGACUUUUGCGAAUUGCCUUCUCAAUCACAGCCAACACCAUCACUGGAUUGCGUUUGAUAGCCGAUAACCAUGAAGAUAUCUGUCUGGGAUAUGUAAAAGAGGAAGAUCAGCUCGUUCUUGAGGUAACGGUGGUAUGUGGGUUUAUCCUCGCAAUUGGGUCCCGGGGCGUCCAUGCUAUCCGGGUUAUCGACCGUACUGGACGUACGUCAAGGUGGAUUGGCAAUCCAAAUGAUACUCCAAUAACGGAGCGCUUGACGGGCUUUCAAGCCAUCACUGCUUUGGAAGUCGGUGUCGACGGAUACAAAGUAGUCAGUAUUGCGGCAGCCGGGCCUCGACGAAAGAUUUGUGAUAGCUCGCUACGUACUGUAGGCUUGUGGUAUCCUACGGUACCUAACUGGGGGUUGCAUCUAAACGAAGAGACCUUCACAGCGAAACGUCUGUUGGGCUCUGGCUACUGGCCACUAAUUUGGAUUCAUUUUGGAGGCCCUGGAGGCAUAUAUCUCCAAUAUUUAACAGCAAUCUGUGUUACUUGGACUGGGAUGAUAUCCUGCAUUGAAUUUGAGUACGAAGCCGACGCUGAUGUACCAACAGAAGUACGCAAACUAGGCCGUCACAAGAUUACGGAAGUUUCGCGUAUUACGCGUUUUCAGAUAAACGGCCGUGCUGGGGAAUGUAUUGAUACCAUUUCGGCCAGUACUGGCGCCAGGAUUGAUGGCAAGUUGAAGAAGUCUGAAUAUAUGACUGCUUUCGAGAUCACAACCAAUUCCGGGAGGUCGGCGCUUUUCAAACCUCCAAGCUCAACGGCCGAAUUUAUAUUAGAGCCGCUACCGGUGGCGCCUGGGGCUACACCAACAGGGCUUUAUACCAGCGUGGAACUCUACCGAGGACUUAGUAACUUGGGUGCGAUAUCUGAAGUGGUUAAGCCUAAUAAGCGCAAGCGCAGGGAAGAACUAGAGAGCGACUAUAUCGAUAUGUAA